AUGGUUGAUUGGGCAACGCUACCGAAGGAUCUCUUAGACGUAAUCUCGAAAUGUCUCGAAUCCUCCUUCGAUCUCGUCCAAUUCCGUUCCGUGUGUUCUUCAUGGCGAUCCGCCGCCGAGCCGAAGCGUCCUCUUCCGUCUCAUCGCCUCCCGAUCCUCCCUGACAACGGUGUCAGCCUCUUCCCAGACUCCGCCGUAGGAUUCCGCCUCUCGCAGCGGAGCAUCUUAGUCGUCAAGCCUCACGAACCGCACAGCGAAGCCGAUCAGUUCGGGUGGCUUGUCAAGGUCGAGGAAAAUCUCAUCGGUCCUCGUACGGUGACCCUUCGCGAUCCGCUGAGCGAUAGAAGACAUUCGCUUCCCGAGCAUUUCCCUCGAUCUCUCGAUAUGUCGAAGUUCAAGGUUCGCGAAUUGGGUCGCGAAUUCAAGCUCCAUUAUUUCAAUCUGUUCGGUGAUGUUGUGGAAACUCUGUUCUUGGAGAAAGCUGUUGUUAAGUAUUUGGAUAGUGAUGCUUCUGAGUACAGAUUCGUGUUGCUUACGAUCCAUGUUUCUGGGAAAGUAGCUGUUUUUAGGUCUUGGGAUCGGGCGUGGACUGUGAUCAACGACAUGCCGUCUCCUUACGAUGAUGUGUUUCUGUACGACGGACGUUUCUUCGCUGUUGACAACAAUGGAAGGACUGUGGUUGUGGAUUUCACUUCCUCGAAACUGACGUUGGCCGCGAAUCCUGUGUUUGGCGGUGACAAGAAGUUUCUGAUUGAGUCUUGUGGUGAAAUGUUGCUGGUUGAUAUGUACUUGAGCGUGGAGGAGGUUGAUGGAGAUCCUGGAUCCGCUGAGGAGAAUUUUGAGCAUCAUGUGAUUUAUAUGAAUGAGAGAACUGUUAAAUUUAAAGUCUUCAAAUUUGUGGAAAGAGAGACGAGUUGGGUUGAGGUUACGGAACUUGGGGAUAAGAUGUUGUUCCUUGGUGAUGACUGCACCUUUUCAGCUUCAGCCUCUGAGAUAUUACCUCACUGUGGGGGAAGUUCUGUGGUGUUCAAUGGGAAUGUGUUCAAUGAGGAUAGUAGCUUGGGGACGAUGCAAGGUCGAGAUUCGGGAGUGUUUGAUUUCAGUACCGGGAAAAUAGAGCCACUGUAUAAACGCCCUGACUAUACGAAGCUGUUUUGGCCUCCACCUCCAUGGAUUACUUCUCUUGAGAAUGCUGAAGAUUAUCCUGGAGAAACAUCAUCCCAAUCUUGA